AAUUCCGUAUAACCUGAUCGCGGGUUUCGAAGUGUCAGCUCGUCGAUAGGCGUGACAGCCCGUCGACUAGCUUCUCCGUCCUCUGCCGUCCCAUUCUUGGCGACACCGUCUCUCGUGUGCCCCGAUACACGAUGUUCACGGGAACGGUGAAGAUUGAAAUCUGCGAGGCAGUCGGACUAAGGGCCACGGACAAGCAACGGAAGUUCUGGCAGGAUGAGCCUAUACUCGACCCGUACGUUCAGCUGGACGUCGACGAAAACCAUCUCGAUCGAUCGUCCACCAAGCCCAAAACUUUCGACCCGGUCUGGAAUGAAUCCUUCACCCACAAAGUCCAGGACGCGGUGAUGCUGGGACUCACUGUCUUCCACGACGCGGCUAUACCGCCAGAUUACUUCGUCGCAAAUUGCAGCAUACCCUUCGAGGAGCUUGUCAGCAGGAUAAUAGAGAGUGAUCGUAAAAUAAGUCGUUGGGUUGAUUUGGAGCCUCAAGGGAGAUUAAGAGUUAGGAUUGAUCUAAAGUGGAACGACCAAGAUCAACAAAGUGGCUGUGGUACAGGUAACGGAGAGAGAAUCGGUGGCAGAGAUGGCGGGAACAUUACUGCCAGGAAAGAACCCAAGAGGGAGUUCAAGGAACUGCAUGGAUUCGAUCGCAGAAGGGGUGCAAUGCGGCGUAAAGUCCAUCAAGUGAAUGGUCACAAGUUUAUGGCUACGUUCCUGAGGCAACCGACUUUCUGUUCUCACUGCCGUGACUUCAUAUGGGGCUUCGGCAAGCAGGGCUAUCAGUGUCAAGUCUGCACAUGUGUAGUUCACAAAAGAUGUCACGAUUCGGUUAUUACAAAAUGCCCAGGCAUGAGAGACGAGACAACUCAUCCGGUCACACAGACCACAGGAUGUUCGCGCUUCAGCAUAUACAUGCCACACCGUUUUGUUGUUCACAAUUACAAGAGAUUUACGUUUUGCGACCACUGUGGCUCCCUUUUGUAUGGUUUAUUUAGACAAGGCUUACAAUGCGAAGCUUGUCAUAUAAACGUCCACAAAAGGUGCCAGAAAAAUGUAGCAAAUAACUGUGGUAUAGACACAAAGGCUAUGGCAGACAUCCUAAAUGAAAUGAAGAUAUCUCCCGACAAACAGAUCAAAACUCCAAAGAUUAAUUAUACAACAGCAACUUCUCAGGCUAGCCACACACCGACAACCGUUCCUGUCACAGACUCGUUGCCAACGGAUCAUUCGCAAUUAGUUAAAAAGGUGGAAGAAACACCGAUUAUUGCCACUGAAAACGCAGUAUCUGCCAGUAAAAAUCAAGUUCGAAAGCUCGGUAUCGAAGGUUUCAAUUUCAUCAAGGUUCUUGGUAAAGGUAGCUUCGGGAAAGUGAUGUUAGUUGAACGGAAAUCUAAUCCAGACGAAGUUUACGCUGUGAAAAUUCUACGGAAGAAUGUAAUCAUACAAGACGAUGAUGUGGAUUGUACGAUGACGGAAAAGCGUAUCCUAACACUAGCAGCGAAACAUCCAUUCCUCACAGCUAUCCACAGUUGUUUCCAGACAAGCGAUCGGUUAUUUUUUGUCAUGGAAUUCGUGAAUGGAGGCGAUUUAAUGUUCCACAUACAAAAAGCUCGAAAAUUCGACGAAGCGAGAGCACGCUUCUACGCAGCGGAAGUCACACUCGCAUUGCAGUUUCUUCAUAAGCAUCACGUUAUUUACAGAGAUCUAAAAUUAGACAAUAUAUUGCUUGACCAAGAGGGUCAUUGUAAAUUGGCCGAUUUUGGAAUGUGCAAAGAGGGCAUCGUCGAAGGAAACACAACUACAACAACAUUUUGCGGCACUCCUGAUUAUAUCGCACCGGAGAUUCUUCAAGAAUUACCGUACGGCGCGAGCGUUGAUUGGUGGGCACUUGGCGUGUUAAUGUACGAAAUGAUGGUGGGUCAGCCACCCUUCGAAGCGGAGAACGAGGACGAUCUGUUUGAUUCUAUUUUGGGGGAUGAUAUAGUGUAUCCGAAAUGGAUCUCGGAGGAGGCAGUGUCGAUCUUAGUAGGAUUCACGACGAAAAAUCCCGCCGAAAGGUUAGGUUGCGUCGUAGCCCAUGGUUGUGAGGAGGCUAUAAAGGCUCAUCCAUUUUUUCAAUCGAUCGAUUGGGAUGCGCUCGAGGCGCGAAAAGUGAAACCACCUAUCAGACCAAAAAUUAAAAGUGAGAAAGAUACCAUGAACUUCGACACAGAAUUUACAAAAGAGGAGCCGGUAUUGACACCUGAGGAUCCAGCUGAAGUGAGCUGUAUCAAUCAAGCGGAAUUCCGAGGCUUCUCGUUUGUCAAUAAAGACUUCAAUCCUGCUAGAUUUGGAGCACAAUAAGAAAUCGGUGAACGAGGAAGAGGAUAACAAUGUUAAUCUCUUAAUGCUUCUCGCUUAAAGAAUUGGCGAAGACGCCAAUUUGCAAACGCGUCGGCGUUCAUGAAGCUGCUCGGGGUCUCCUUUGUAUUUCAUCUCCACCGAUUUAUCUGU